UAAUUCCUUGUUGAAUGAAACAAACGCCUCCCAACGCCCAGAGAAAAACAACACCACCGCCCACCCUCCUAUUUCAACCUUAUCCCCCCGCCCUCUCCGGCGGCUUCACCCUCUUAUCUUUCCCGACGACGUCAACACCGGCCGAUCGCCGGAGACAGAAGAGCAGUACCCGCCGCCGAUCAUCCUCCGAUAAGUCACACAACAAUUCUUGCCCAACAAGCUAGCUAGCAAGCUCAUCAUCGUUUCUUGAUUGACAUAUACAUACAUAUAUACUUACAUGAAUAAAAACAUAGGCGGCGGCAUGGAAGCCGGAUUAUCCGGAGAAAUGCAAGAGAAGGAGAAGACGCCGUUAUUAUCGCCGGAGACAUGUUCGUCGGAGAGUAAAGGAAUGGCGUCGAUUGAUUUGAACAGCAGAAUGGACGGCGGCGAGGAUGAUGAUGACGACGACGACGACGUAGAGUUACUCAGCGAGAAAGCGGGGCCGGAUGGAAACUCGUCGGCGAACAAUAGCAGCUCUUUCUCCGGCGAGUUGGAAGGAAACAAUGGAAAUGGCAAUGGUGGUGAUGAGAAGAAGUCUAGUGUCCGGCCAUAUGUCCGGUCAAAAAUUCCCAGGCUCCGAUGGACUCCUGACCUCCAUCUCUCCUUUGUGCACGCUAUUCAACGACUCGGUGGACAAGAAAGAGCAACACCCAAAUUGGUUCUCCAGUUAAUGAACGUCAGAGGGCUCAGCAUUGCUCAUGUAAAGAGCCAUCUGCAGAUGUAUAGAAGCAAGAAGCUUGAUGCAUCCGGCCAAGUAUUAGGUCAAGCUAAGAGAGGAUUUAAAGGGAGGAGUUAUGGAUAUGGAGACAUGAACUGUAGAUUUAUUCCCCAUCAGCAUUUCAAAAUGCAAAACGGCGCAAUCGUGUUAACAAGAACUUUUGAAGAUGGUCGUCAUCAAAUGCUCAAUAAUAAUAUUGCAAGGCAUUCCAUGUUUCAAUCCCCAACUUAUGACCUCAAAAGCAUCAUCUCAAGAUAUCAACAGAGGUCAUCAUCCAAUCAAGAAAGUGUUCUUCUCAAGCUCAGCGGGGCGGCGAAAAUGGAAGAUCAUAGAGAAGGAAACGUGUUGAGAAUGAGGAUGCUACAUCAGCAUCAAGAGAAGCUGCCAUUAUCAUAUGCUCCAAAAGAUCAUCAGUUGCAAUAUUCAUCACCUGCUAGUAAUGGUAGCCAUCAUCAUCAAAUUGUCCCAAUCAGGCCUAGCCAGUUUCUUGAAGAAAAAAGAUGGCCGCCGCGGGGAUCCAUGGCGGCCAAUCAUUUGAAAGAGAAACCUGCAACCUUCACUACAUGUGGCCUUUGGUCCAAUGCUGCAACUCCCCAACCAUUGCUUCACCACACAAUCCCUGCUGGGACAAACUCCAGAUUUAGCACUCUUGGCCCUAGUUUUGACCCCCCAUUUCGGAGACUUGAGAUGAUGAAUAAGGAGAAGAUGAGCUUCAAGGAGAAUGGCAGAUUGCUGGAUUUGCAACUGAGAUUAAGCCAAAGUGGAGAUGAUAAUAAUAAUAAUAAUGGUGAGAAGUCUUAUAAGAAGGAAGGAGAUAUUAACACCAUGCUUUCUCUAUCCCUAUAACCAUCAAUAUAUAUUUUGUGUCAAGUUUAAUUAGCUGAAAAUUAUUACUGAUAGCUAUAUAUACUAGGAGGCUGAGUACUUGAGAUCUGACCAUAUAUGCAGUUGGCCUGGCUAGAGCAGUGGAGUGAGAUCUCCAAGUACUUGCCUUAAUUAGCUUAUAGGCUUGUGAUAGUACUAACUAAUUAAUUACAGUUUAAUGUUUUGACACAUUAUUUUUAUGGAAAUGAAACAUUUUAUACCUGUUAUA